ACCAAGACAUCCUUUUGGUUCAAGUUUACGUAGAUGAUAUCAUAUUCGGUGCUACUAACGAGGUUUUGUGCAGGGAUUUUUCCGAUAUGAUGCAAAGUGAAUUUGAAAUGUCGAUGAUGGGAGAAUUAAAGUUCUUCCUUGGGCUGCAAAUUAGACAAUGCAAAGAAGGAACAUUCGUGUGUCAAACGAAAUAUUGCAGGGAAUUGCUUAAAAGAUUCGAUGUUACCGAAUCCAAAUCCAUUGACACACCAAUGAGCACAUCUUGCUAUCUUGACAAGGACGAAAAAGGGUAUAUUUUCAGUGUUUCAGGGCAGUUUUCGAAACUGGAACAGAGGGGAUCGAUCUCCACAAUUGGAUCGAUCACCCAAACCGAAGCUUUUUCAAAUUAAACUUUGGCGGAUCGAUCCCGGAUAUAGGAUCGAUCCAUUGGGCCUUUCUCUUUCACAGUUUUUCUUCGGCAGAUCGAUCCACCCAAUGGACCGAUCACCUGGGCGAAAUAAUCAAAUCUGUAUUCAGCCCAACGUCAGGAGGACCGAUCCAGGCUUAUGGAUCGAUCCAUGGUUUUAUUUGGUUCCAGGAUCUGUUUCGGCGGAUCGAUCCAAGCAUAGGGAUCGAUCACCUGGACUUAAAAGGCGCAGAUACUCUUUUACGGAGGAUCGAUCUCCUUGGAUGGAUCGAUCACUCUGACUUACGGGUUUCUCGUUCUUCUCGUGCUCAAACCCUAGCCACCAUGUCGGAUCGUCGAGGAAGUAAACGUUUGCGCACAAAAUCUCAUGACAGUGAACCAUCUACCCAAGAGGAACGAUUUGUCUCUUCAUUUGUCUUUCCAAGAGAGCUUGUUGCCUCCAACGCAGCCUUGAAGGCCCAAGUUGAAUACUUGGCCAAAGAAGUGGCUAAGCUCACCAAGAAGAUAAAGCUCAACGCCCUUCAAGGAAGUGAUCAUGAGGAUGAUGCUAGCACCAGUAGCACCAACAAGGCCAAAACUAAUGACGGGUCUGACUUCAAGGUUGAUGUCCCAACAUUUGAGGGAAAGAACGACCUGGACGAAUUUCUAGAAUGGCUAGAGACGGUGGAACGCGUUUUCGAUUUCAAAGAAGUCUCCGAUGAGAAGAAGGUCAAGAUAGUGGCCUUGAAGUUCCGCAAGGAUGCUUCUACUUGGUGGACUAAUACGUGCACCAAAUGGAGAAGGAACCACAAGGAGCCGGUGGCUACAUGGGCCAAAAUGAAGUCUCUCUUAGAGAAGAAGUUCUUGCCCGCUGAAUAUGUUCGUGAGAAUUUUGCCAAGCUUCAAAUGCUUAAGCAAGGUUCUAAAUCGCUUGAAGAAUACACCCGCGAGUUCCAGGAACUCUUGCUAAGUCAUUCUCUUGGUAGAAAUUCAAAGUUUAUGGCUACUGCGGUAGAUUUAGGAAGGGAAUUGAUAAGGCGAAAGAUUAAACUUGCCUAUGGAGGAGGUAGUGUUGGCCUUCAAGGAGCUGUUGCUUCAACAGUCUUUACCAAUGGUGGUCUCGUUAGAGGAUUUAUUCCUGGGUACAUAGCAACACGAGGUGUCUAUGGACCUACGUACGGUGUAGAGCAUACAGUUUCCAGCAACUAUUACAAGUAUUUCGAGAUGAAUCAUGCCGUGGAAGCUUUCAUCAUUCUUCCCAGAGGAGUUGACAAUAUAGAAGGUUUGUUCACCUUGAUCUCGUGGGAUUCUGAAGGGUUACACAAUAGACCCAUUGGUCUCUUGAACAUUGAUGGUUAUUUUAAUAACCUAAUCAAAUUUAUAAACGAUGCGACGAGGCAGAACUUCAUGUCUUUGAGUCAGAGGAAACUUUUCAUUUCUUCUUUCUUUGUUGAUGAGCUUUUAGACAAACUUGAGUUUGCUAAAGCUUUCCCGGGUCCUGGGGCUAGUUACGACGAGUUUGUAAAUCCUGAGAGGUUAGACUUAGAAUUACAUCUGUAACUUUUCUCAUGUAAUCCCAGUUGUAUUUGUGUUGAAAUAAUAUUAUCUAUAAAUAUUAUUCUACGUUGUAUGCCAGUGCGAGUUACAUUUCUUCAUUCUUCAGUCUUUCACUGUUGGUGUCACUAUUUCACUUCUUAUUUUGUAUUGU